UAAACCCCAAAUACGUUCAUGUCACUGUUAACCACCACCACUAACAAAGGAUUCUGAAACAACAGAGGCAGGCAUUAACUCAAUAUUCCAAAUCUCAACUGCUGUAUAACACCAACAACAAUAACCUAUGUGAAACACCAAAGAAAACAAUGGAUUUUAAGAGCAAUCAGAAUGAGAUUACAGACAACUUUGACGACAUGAACCUGAAAGAGGCUCUCCUCAGGGGGAUAUAUGCGUAUGGUUUUGAAAAACCAUCUGCCAUCCAACAGAGGGCAAUCAUUCCUUGCAUCCAAGGCCAAGAUGUCAUUGCCCAAGCCCAGUCAGGCACUGGCAAGACGGCCACGUUUGCCAUCUCUAUCUUGCAGCAGCUGGACAUAGAGAAGAAGGAGACCCAAGCUCUGGUUUUGGCUCCAACCAGAGAGCUGGCUCAGCAGAUCCAGAAAGUGAUUCUGGCAUUGGGUGACUACAUGGGGGCAUCCUGUCACACCUGCAUCGGAGGGACCAAUCUGCGGAGCGAAAUACAGAAGCUACAGGCCGAGGCUCCUCAAAUAGUUGUGGGCACACCAGGGCGUGUGUUCGACAUGCUGAACAGGAGACAUCUGUUCCCAAAGAGGAUCAACAUGCUUGUCUUGGAUGAAGCUGAUGAGAUGUUGAGUCGAGGGUUCAAAGACCAGAUUUAUGAGAUCUUCCAGAAACUGAGCACACACAUUCAAGUGGUCUUGCUAUCUGCUACCAUGCCACAAGAUGUGCUGGAGGUGACCAACAAGUUCAUGCGAGAACCUGUUUGCAUCUUGGUAAAACAGGAGGAGCUUACCCUUGAGGGCAUCAAGCAGUUCUACAUAAAUGUAGAACGAGAGGAGUGGAAGCUGGACACCCUGUGUGAUCUCUAUGAAACUCUCACGAUCACUCAGGCUGUGAUCUUUCUCAACUCAAGAAGAAAAGUCGACUGGUUGACUGAGAAGAUGCACGCUCGAGAUUUCACAGUCUCUGCUUUGCAUGGUGAUAUGGACCAGAAGGAGCGUGAUGUGAUAAUGAGGGAGUUUAGGUCUGGCUCUAGCAGAGUGUUGAUCACCACUGACCUUCUGGCUCGUGGAAUUGAUGUCCAGCAGGUUUCCCUGGUCAUUAACUAUGACCUUCCUACAAACCGAGAGAACUACAUCCACAGAAUUGGUCGUGGUGGUCGUUUUGGCAGAAAAGGAGUUGCCAUCAACUUUGUGACCGACGAAGACAAGAGGACUCUUCGAGACAUUUCGACGUUUUACAACACAACCAUGGAGGAGAUGCCCAUGAAUGUGGCCAACCUGAUUUGAGCCCCAUAUUUUGAAUAAGUGUUCUUUUCUUUUUUUAUCUAUAUAUAUAUAUAUAUAUAUAUAUAUAUAUAUAUUUAGUGAUGUAGUUUUUUCCACCUGCAUUGUGCUCACAGUAUUCAAGGGUAAAAAAAAACAAACAUUGAUUGGAUUGAAGUUAAAAGCGAGGUGAUAAUAUAUAACGCUCCCUCUCAGACAGUAGUAGAUUGUAACAUGUGACUACUUUUCAUACAAUACAAUACAAUUGUAUGUACGUAUAUAAUACAAUUAUAAUUGCUGUGAAGCCGUAAUUCCACCACAAAGUAUUAGGAACUUUAACGCGAAUACACACACACUCUUGUAAUGUAAAUAUUGCCAUUACAAGAGUGAUUGGCUGAAAUAAAAUGCUGGAGCACAACAAGGUGCAAAGUUGUAUCCUGAAGCAGAAACAAAAAAAAAAUCUACCCGGUACUUCUAUUUAGUUCCCUGGUCACGGGUGAAAAUGCAAAUAGUUCCUGGUAAUAGUUUUAAUAAAAUCAGAUUGCUGUAAGUAAACUUUGUUUUGAUCUAUUGUGCGUUAAGCGUUAAUGUACCCAAUUUUAUUUAAAAGUAUCCACCCAUGGAAACAAUCCUCAGGCUACUACUGAACCUCAAAAGCCAUUUCACACUGGGUCACACUGGGAAACAGCACAGGGGUAAAUAAUCACAUUAAUGAUGGCUGAGUUCCAUUUACCUUCUCCAUUUAUAUUCACUGUGCAUGCAGACUCACUGUUGUACUGUCCUAUCUGACUUGAACAGUGCCAUCAUUGAUUAACUCCUAUUGGAGUGAAACAAGAGUUGUGUUCUGGCACCAUCUAGUGGAACGCAAGCAGUAAGGCCUUAUCCAAGAAUAUAGGGACAUACAAAUCUGAGUUAUAUAUUAGAGGAGAGGUUUCAAACCCCUGCAAUGUAUUUCAUACGGCCUGCCACUUUAAAUCACCUUAAAACAUCUGUUUUUUAUAUUUAUGGGUUUUUGUUUUUGCUCCAUAGUAUGGAGGACCAUGACAUAAUGAAUACAUGAAUGAAUUAAUUUAUUAACACAAUUAACACAACUGAUACAUAUGAUUCACAUACUUCAUUUGUCAGAUAAUUUUACACUUUUUUGACACUGGAUGUGCGCCCCCCUGUGGACGGGGUCAGUUUAGAUUGCCCAAUUAACAAUAAGCAAUGGAGAUUGGGUACUUUGCUCAUGGCUACCCCAGGCCUUGACCUUGCAGGGGCUCUAUUCUGCUUCUGCUUGACUAUGAGGUGCCCCUGUUUUUUUUUCAUAUUUAUUUAUUUAUUGCAUCAUGAUCAUGUUUUUCAUUAUGUGCUAUAUAUUGUUAGCCUGGCAGACCAGACCUACAUCAAGAUGUUAAGGGUACCUUGAUGUAGGUCUGUAGGUAGUAGUUAAACAUUCUUGAACCCUGGCUGCAAAUAAAAUUUGAGAGUUCUGGGCUAAAAUAUUGGUCCAUAUAUAUCCAUAAUAUUGAUAUUUUGUUUGCUAAGUCAAAGAGAAAGUUGUUUUUGUUGCUGACCUAGUUUCUAUUAAGCCAUCACCAUCACCAGGUGCGAAGUUUCAUUGGCUACAGGGGAGUGGCCAACACAGCUGUAACACCUUGACGCAGGGGGCCUGUGGAACUGCCAGUCAGCUACCCACAAGACUGAGUUCAUCUCUGGCUUUGCUACAGAGCAAUGCCUGUACCCUCUUGCUCUCACUGAGACUUGGAUAACACCGUCCAACACAUCCACCCCUGAGGCUCUCUGCUCCGCCCACUCUUUCUCCCACACACCCAGAUCCACUGGCAGAGGUGGCGGGACAGGUCUGCUCAUCAACCCCAACUGGACUUUCACUCUUUACCCACUGCCACACUUCUCGUUUGAAUUUCAUGCAGUAACUGUAACUCAUCCAGUAAAACUAACCGUUGUUGUCAUCUACCGUCCACCAGGCCCAUUGGGAGACACCUUUCAAACAUCCCAGAAAAGGUCCCACCACUUGUUCUUCUUGGCGACUUUAACAUCCAGUCAUCCGACGAGUCAACCUCACUGUAACUCCACUUCAUGUCUCUGAUCAUUUCUUCAUAUCCUACUCUCUCCCACUCUCCCAAUCUGAUGACCUCAUCUCAUCAGAUACUGCACUCGUCUGUCGUAACAUUCGCCAAGUGUGAGCAGACCUUUGCUGCUGGAGCCUUUAACUUGUGGACCAUUGAUCUGUUGACAUGAGAUGGGCCACAUCCCUAAUGUCUUUCAUGUCACUCUUUCAUAAUCAGAAAGCGUAUGAAUAUUUAAUAUACGGUAUACUGCUUUCAUUUUUUUUAUUCUCGCGUUAUAUGAAUUCUUUAUUGGUGUGUCUUUUAAUUUGUAUUACUCCUCCUUGAUAUCAUGGAGUCAGGUCUUAUUCCUGUAAAGGUUAUUUUGAACGAGCUAUAGUUUCACGUUCAGGCUCAGGUGGUGAUCGAUUGACUAUAUUUAGUAUUCCAACGUUCAGUCAACGUAAUUAUGUUUCAAUGCAGCCACCUCCUCACGCUCUUAAAGCGACUUAUGAUGAGCUUCAUUGAUGACUUACCUGUCAAUCAGCAGCUGAUUCUCAGUGAUGAUCACUUGAGUGGAAACAGGUCAAGUUGUGUUUGUUGUGAAAUUAGACUUCAGCAGGUCACAUAUUGUUCAUGUCAUCAGUAACUGAAAACCUGAAAAUCACACACAGGCCGUUUUUUUGUUGUAAGUGUGAGUUUCAAGGUUUGCCUUAAAUUCACAGUGCACAUAUUUCGUCUCUAUGUGUUUCCAUGGAAACAGAGCAGCUGUUUGGAGAACAGCUAAUCCAGGAGCAUGUCACAUUUCAGGAUGAGGUGCCAUGAAUAAACAUAUAGACAGAGACGGGGAGAGGUCGUCGUUGGCAGAUGGUGCUGACAUUUUUACUCGUGUUUUGACUGAAGGUGGUUUGGUUAAACAGCCAGUGUUGUUGGCGAGGACAUGGUUGUGCCCACAGCAGAAAGGAUGACAGACAAAGACUCUGAAAAAUGA